AUGCUGCACAGCUCCUCCCCUCAGCCAGCGUAUAUCGAGCUUGUAUCGAUUGACAAACUUCCCAAUGCAUCGAAUCGGCUAUUGGAGGUCGAUUCCCAGGAAAACCCGAAUAAAGAAUCCAGCCGAACAAGCAUUCUCACAAAAAGGAGACAGGAGGACAGGAGCAAACCAAUGAAACACAACAAAAACAAUAAAUUCCAUGGCUGGAAAUUCACCCUCUUCUUAGCGAUCGUUGCUGGCGUGGUUGUGCUAUUUUUCAAUGUGGGAUUCCUGCUUUAUUGCCUCACGCACCGCCAAAAUGGGCAAAGUCUUAACACAACACUGUAUGAGGGAGACUGUGACGAGUCACAUCGAUUAGGGGUUGUCUUGCAUCUGGUAAUCAACAUUUUGAGCACCGCAUUGCUGGGUGCUAGUAAUUUUGGGAUGCAAUGUUUGGCUGCGCCAAGCCGACGAGAUAUCAACAAAGCACAUAUGAAAGGUCGCUGGCUUGAUAUUGGCGUGCCCAGUAUUCGAAACCUCUUCGAAGUGCCUCGCACACGCUCGUUUCUAUGGGUACUCCUGGCACUAUCGUCCCUGCCUUUCCACUUGAUGUAUAAUUCAGCAAUAUACUCCACAUCAUCCGCCCACGCGUACGAUGUUUUUGCCGGCUCUAGCUCACUUGGAGAAAAUCUCCAGUCUAAUCUCAAUCUCACCUAUCCCUUUAGCGAGGCUAAUAUGACGUCUUCUUUCAUGCAGCUCUAUUCAUCGGCAAAGAGUGGAGACUUGGAGCGUCUAGAUAAUCAAGCAUGUGUCGACGCAUUUGCAGUGACUUUUGAAGAAGCUUACAGCAAGGUGCUAAUUGUUACCCAAGAUGUUGGGGAUAACGAUACAUAUGCGUAUGUCAUGACGAACGGCGUUUUUCAACCAAUCUUCAACACGCGUGGUGAUGCAUCGACAAACCCAUACAUGUGGUUAUGCGGAGUUGAAUCCCUUCGUCUCUCUGCGACCAGUUGUUACACAGGCCGUGAUUUCUGGACACGUUCCCUUGAUAAUUGGAAAGUGGGAUUGAGUGACAACAGUCAAUACACAGUCGAAUACUGCUUGGUAGAAAAGGCACCGCAAUCCUGCAAACUGGAAUAUUCAUUCCAACUUGUCAUAGUCGUGAUAGCAUUUAAUUUGAGCAAAAUCGCUAUCUUGCUCUUUAUGUGGCUGGGGAUACAGAAUUCCCCUAUUCUGACCAUCGGGGACGCGAUCGCCUCUUUUCUACGAGACCCGGAUCCCCAUUCCCGGCGCAGCUGUCUACUGACAAAACGCGAGGUGAAAUCGACUUCACAAUAUAACGGCUCAGUCAACACUUCGAACUCGCCACGGUGCGAGCCCAGAGCCUUUGAUCCUUCACGGAAACGAUGGAGCACAGCCGCUUCUACUUCCCGUUGGACAUUAAGCAUGCUGUUCUGGGGACUUGCUGUAGGAGCUUGCAUCCUGCUUUUAACAUUUGGGCUUAGCAAAUACCAGGAUGGAUCAAGUCCCUUCACGGAAGGGCUCGGGUCCGUUGGCUCGAGUACCUUGAUAUAUGGCGAUAAUUGGCCCUCAUCCAUAAUCGGCAACGUGCUGAUCGCCAACUCACCUCAGUUGAUCUUCUCCUUAAUCUACUUCGCAUUCAACAGCCUCCUAACAUCAAUGACCCUCAGCGCCGAGUGGAGCGGCUAUGCCAACCAAAAAAAGGGCCUUCGCGUCUCCCACAAUCCGAAGCAGUACCAGAGAUCCAACUACUUCCUCUCUAUACCAUAUCGCUACGGAGUCCCAAUGAUGAUUACAUCUACCCUUCUCCAUUGGCUCAUUUCGGAAAGCCUGUUCAUGGUCGGUAUUGAAGCCUGGUCUUCCGAUGGACAGCGUGAUACAGCAAGUGACUUUAUUACAUGUGGCUGGUCUGCUGUCGGGACAUUAAUCACUAUCAUGGUGGGAAUCCUGUUCUUAUCGGGCAUUGUAGGACUUAGCCUACGACGAUUCGAGUCUGCGCUGCCCAUUGCCGGAAGCUGUAGUCUUGCCAUUGCGGCAGCUUGCCAUCCUCAUUUCGAUCCCAAUACUCAGGAUGGAUACAGGAAUGAAGAGGUAAAUGCAGAUAUGGAUUCGGAGGUCGAGGAUGAAGAAAUGGCGCUGUUGUCUGUCCAAUGGGGAGCAGUGCCUGUUAAUGGGCCUGUAGGCCAUUAUAGCUUCACAAGUGAUAGGGUCGGCACACCUGAGACGGAAAAACUGUACCAAUAG